GUUUUGCUUUUGAAACAUACAAAGUAAGUCAAGUCUUGAAACUCAUUGAAAACGUUUAUACAAUAAGAAUAAAUAUAAUGAAGACUCAGAUCAUUGAAUGUGUGCCAAAUUUUUCAGAAGGAAGAGACCCUGAGAUAAUCAAUGCCAUUGCGAAUGCCAUCCGUUCUACAGAAGGUGUAUCACUGUUGGACAUUGACCCUGGUCAGUCCACUAAUCGUACUGUGUAUACAUUUGUGGGCUCUCCCGAUGCUGUAGUUGAAGGGGCUUUAAAUGGGGCCAGAAUUGCAUACAAACUCAUUGAUAUGAGUAAACAGAAGGGAGAACAUCCACGACUGGGAGCUCUCGAUGUCUGUCCGUUCAUUCCGGUACAGGGGGUAGACAUGGAUGACUGCGUCCAAUGUUCCCACAAAUUUGCUCAAAAGCUAUCUCUCGAACUCAAAGUUCCGGUAUUUCUGUACGGAUUUGCCGCUAAACAAGAGUACAGACAAACUGUUCCCCAAAUCAGGGCCGGAGAGUAUGAAGGACUGUCCCAAAAGCUAACUUCUCCCGAAUGGAAGCCAGACUACGGGCCAAAUGAGUUCAUAGCCCGAUGGGGGGCAACGAUGUCAGGCGCUCGCAAGUUCUUGAUUGCAUAUAAUGUGAACCUAAUCGCCACUAAAGAGCAGUCGCACAGAAUAGCUCUGAAUAUCAGAGAAAAGGGACCCAAUUCUGGACAACACUCGCAACGACUAAAAGCCACACAAGCGAUGGGCUGGUGGCUCGACGAGGCCAACAUAGCACAGGUAACCGUCAAUAUACUGGAUCACGAAAUCACACCAAUUCAUGCCGUUUACGAAGAAGUUGUUACAAAUGCUAAACAACUUAAACUUCCGGUCACGGGAUCCCAAAUUGUAGGUUUAGUGCCCUUAAAGGCUAUACUUGAAGCGGCCGAGUAUUACAUCAAAAAAGAUGAUUUGUUUGUUCUCGAAGAGGAUCAAAAGGUUCACUUAGCCAUCACUAGACUGGGUCUCAACUCUUUGGGUCCAUUUGUCCCCAAUCAGCGAAUAAUAGAGUAUAUGUUAAGCGAUGAUAAAAAGGGAGCACUCGUUAAGAAAUCAGUGAAAGAGUUUGUAGAAUCAGUCGGCGCUAGAACUACAGCACCGGGCGGUGGGUCUGUGGCCGCAAAUGUGGGCGCAUUAGGAGCCGCUUUGGCCGCAAUGGUCGGCAAAAUGUCUUACGGGAAGAAAGUGUUUGAACACAACGAUCGGGUUAUGCGACGACUUAUACCACCACUUCAUUCGUCAAUCACUGAAAUACUGGCUCUCAUUGACUCCGACACCAAUGCUUACAACGACUACGUUAUGGCUCUUAAGCUUCCGCACACUACACCCGAAGAAGUGGAUGCAAGGAACGAAGCGAUUGAGAGGGGAGUGAAGGGAGCGAUUGCUGUGCCUUUAAAUUUGGCCAGAAUUGUGUCCCAACUCUGGGAUAAUGUCAAAGAGUUGGCGCAUGUUAUUCAUUAUCCAACAAAAAGCGAUUUACAGGUUGGCGCUAAUUGUCUCAAAGUAGGCGUAUUAGGAGCUUAUUAUAAUGUCAUCACAAAUGUCUCGGAUAUUAAAGAUGAGAAUUAUAAGAGACGGAUAAUGACUGAAAUUGAAAGCUAUAAGUCUUUGGCUGAGAAAUCAUGCGAAGAGGUCCUUAAGAUUUUAGAUGAAAGAGAUCCACAUAAAUAAGCAGAAGACUACACAUUUAUAAUUAAUAUCUCCUAAAACACAAUGAAAUACAAUAAGUCUAAGUUGAUAUACCUUUUAACAUAAUUUUGUGUAUACCUGUAAGUGUAACGGC